CAUCGGCAGGUAGCAAUGUGCAUCCUUUUUGACCACCGACAAGCCCUUUGCGCAUGCGGAUAUCGUUUGACUCCUUCCCUUUCCCGUUCUAUGAGCGUUCCAGUAAAAUUAAGUUCCGCCAGUCGCUUGGGCCCUGCGAUUUUGCCCUUAAUGCGCAUGCGCGACUCGAUCGUCCGCUAUUGGCUCAUAGAGUUCCGACUCGAUAUACUUCCGUAUCCUUUUCUUUUUACUAUUGGUGUACGGUCAGGUGGCAGCUUGCCUUCUUUUCCUCCCGAUUGGCUGGAGCAGCGCAAUAGCGCGAAUCCCAUUGGGCGCCGAUGUUGCUAUGACAGCAGUGUGGAGGAGAGCGAGGCAGCGGCCGUUCAGGACACAGGUCUGUAUAGUUGUCUGGGUGAUGACAGAGAUGUGGCAGCAGAACUUUUCCCCUGUCUGGAACGCAGCAUUGUGGAUGCUGAAGGAGACCACUGUAUGUUCAGCAAUGGGUUUGACUUGGACAUGGAAACUACGCCCCCAGACCCUCCUUGGGACCCAUUACAAGACACCCUCUUUCAAGAGCUGCAGGUUAAGUCUGAGCCGGUCUCCCCUGCCUCGUCUCACUGUUCUGAUUUGUCUGCUGGAUCCUCCUCUCCUUCCUCCUCCUCGUCUGACUUUCCAGGGCAGGCCCCCAGCCCAGCUGAUGUGAUCGGUGUGAAGACAGAGCAUCCCCCAACCCCCCCAUGCAUGUUUGGAGAUGUCCUUUCCCCGCCAUUCGGCACUGUGCACAUCAAUGUUGUUUCCGCACCUGACACAGGGAAAGUCACGUCCCCGAAUAAAGCAGAGAACAUUCUCAGCCGGAAGCCCCCCAUUCAGCCCAAGCCAGUUGUGGUCACCACCGUGCCAGCAGCCACUCCCAGUAAGACUAUUUUGCUGCAGCCUGUCCCUGCCGCUCAGUCACAGACGAUCAACCCUGGAAUAGCAGUUUCAACCCAGGGCGUAGUGAUCUCCCAGUCUGAGCUGCUGCACCUCCCGGUGUCUGGCCUGAUCAAGGUUCAGUCCCCCAUGAAGGAAGUUUUCCCAUCAAAGCCCACUCCCUCUUGCCCCAAGCCGGAGGCCAAAACCAUUGUCCCGGCACCCACGCAAAUCGGAUCCUGCAGCCCGGAGGUCGAUCUGAAAGUGUUGAAACGGCAGCAGCGGAUGAUUAAAAACCGGGAGUCGGCUUGCCAGUCCCGGAGGAAAAAGAAGGAGUACCUGCAGGGGCUGGAGUCUCGGCUGCGUGAGGCCCUGGCAGACAACGAGAGACUCCGGCGGGAAAACGCGCUCCUGCGACGGCGGCUGGACUGCGUCGUCAGCGAGAACGGAGACCUGAAGUUUGGCUCCGGGAAUCGGAAAGUCAUCUGCGUCAUGGUGGUGCUGCUUUUCAUAGCCUUCAGUUUUGGGCCUGUCAGCAUCAGCGAGCGAAAAGCAGCAGAUGUGGAGCCUCCGAGGCAGGAAGCAGACGCUGGUCCCAGCCUCAGGCACCUUCUAGGCGUCGUGGAGGAGUCUGUGGAAAUCACGGAGGAGGAACUCCCUGAGCGGCAAGAGGAGGCCCCAGCCAAGGCUGGAAAGACGCAGUUCCGAAACUUGUCUUCUCCCUUCUCUGACAUGAAGGACCUUGUGCUGAGGGACUUGGACAAGCUGUUCCUGGCCUCCGAUUGCCGCCAGUUCAACCGCACUGAAUCGCUCAGGCUGGCAGACGAGCUCAGUGGGUGGGUCCGAAGACAUCAGAUCAACGGGAGAAAGCCCUCGCAGUCGCGAAAAGCUGCGCAGGCCAGCCAGGAGAAAAACAAGGAAAGGAAGCCCCUGAGCCCUUCCCGUUACGUUCCCGCCAGUCCCCCCAGGCACCCGGAGAGGGAUUCCCUGAGCCAGCUGCAGGUGUACCAGCAUCCUGACCACAAGGACCAUGACUUCAUGGAUGCCAUCGAUCGGCGAGAGGAUACCUUCUACGUGGUGUCAUUCCGCAGGGAUCACUUACUGCUGCCUGCCAUCAGCCACAACAAAACCUCUCGCCCAAAGAUGUCGCUGGUGAUGCCCGCCAUGGCCCUCAACGAGAGCCUCUACAAUUCCUCGCUGGGCUACGAGGUGAUGAUGCAAAUCGACUGCGAGGUGAUGGACACGCGCGUCAUUCACAUCAAGAGCUCAACGGUGCCCCCCUUCCUGAAACGGCAGGAGGCCGCCCCCGACAACCGCACUCAGCCUUCCCCGCAGGCCUUUUCCGGACGGACGACCCGGGCGGCUCUGCGGGCCCAGCGGCCCACUUUCUCCUCCUCAGCCAAGCGGCAUCCGCAUCGUACCCUGUACUUCGGGGAACACGUUGGCGAGUAGCGUCAGACCUUCCAGGGGAAGGCGAAGAGAACUGUGACUGCAGUGCCCUGCAAAUGGUACUCCUUUUGCUGAGGAAAGGGACAUGCCACUCGCUGGAACUUGGCCUGUGUGAAAGAUGGACGCAGCAGUUCCUGCAAGCACUGUGGACCGAUUUCCUUAGACUUGUCUGUUCCCAUCCUUACACAAAUAUCCUCCUCAGACGACUGCUUCCCUAAUUUCACUGCUGCCCUCGGGACGGGUCGGGGAGGAUCAUUCCCUUCAGUUAGGCCCCCCUGCCCCUUGACCAGGUCUUGGCUUCCAUGCUCUGUGGAUGAGGGAAUCUUUGUCGUUACUGCCCCCUGGUGGAUGAGACUGAUGGCUGCACAUUUGAAGACGGGGAGGAAGGAGGGCGUGUUUCAUACUGCUGUUUGCAAUCUGUGUGUUUGAGAGAGAGAGUGAAUGGAUGGAUGGAUGAAUGAAUGAAUGAAUGAGGGAGGAGAGUUUCCUCCCUAUCCUACAAAGAGGAGUGUGUUCGUGUUCAUGUUCUGUCCUCUCCCCCUCCUCUGCUGCGAUCGCACUUAGACCUGCCCCUCGGAGGUCCUUCUUGUGGAUUUUUUCUCUUUAAUUUUUUUUUAAAAAUAGAGCUCCAAAUAAAGCCAACUAUGAGAUCCCAAA